UCCUCACUGUUUUGCAUGUUACCGAAAGCUAUCUUGUGUCUUCAAUGUGAUCCAAUUAAUCGUUUCAUUUUAUUGUUUGUUUCAGAAACUACAACUUCUCUGGGCUCCUUCACACCAGAUGCUACUUCUAUCGCAUCAAGUAUCAAAUACCAUGCAGAGUUUACUCCCCUGUUUUCUCCAGAGAAAUUUGAGCUUCCGCAAGCUUUCUGUGCAACGGCACAGAGUGUUCGUGAUGCUCUAAUAAUAAACUGGAAUGCUACUUAUGAUUACUAUGAGAAACUGAAUGUUAAGCAGGCUUAUUACCUCUCAAUGGAAUUUUUACAGGGAAGAGCAUUAUUAAAUGCAAUUGGAAAUCUAGAGCUGACAGGUUCCUAUGCAGAGGCUUUGAACAAGCUUGGGUAUAAAUUAGAAGAUGUGGCGGGUCAGGAGCCGGAUGCUGCACUUGGAAAUGGGGGUCUUGGGCGUCUUGCUUCAUGUUUCUUGGACUCAUUGGCAACAUUGAAUUAUCCAGCAUGGGGUUAUGGAUUGAGAUACAAGUAUGGCUUAUUUAAACAGAGAAUAACAAAAGAUGGGCAGGAGGAAGUUGCUGAAAAUUGGCUUGAGAUGGGCAAUCCCUGGGAGAUUGUUAGAAAUGAUGUUUCAUAUCCUGUAAAGUUCUAUGGUCAAGUUGUUUCUGGCUCAGAUGGUAAAAAGCAUUGGAUUGGAGGAGAAGACAUACUAGCUGUUGCACAUGAUGUCCCAAUACCGGGAUAUAAAACUAAAAGCACUAUCAAUUUGAGACUUUGGUCUACCAAAGCUGCAUCUGAAGAAUUUGAUUUGUAUGCUUUCAAUGCUGGAAAGCACACUGAAGCAAAUGAGGCUUUAGCCAAUGCUGAAAAGAUUUGCUACAUUCUCUACCCUGGGGAUGAGUCAAUAGAGGGGAAGACCCUUCGUCUCAAGCAACAAUAUACUUUAUGUUCGGCUUCUCUUCAAGACAUCAUUACUCGUUUUGAGAGAAGAUCAGGAGCAACAGUGAACUGGGAAGAGUUUCCUGAAAAGGUUGCAGUGCAGAUGAAUGAUACUCAUCCCACCUUGUGCAUCCCUGAGUUGAUGAGAAUCUUAAUAGAUAUAAAGGAUUUAAGUUGGGAAGAUGCUUGGAAUAUCACUCAAAGAACUGUUGCAUACACAAAUCAUACUGUACUUCCUGAGGCAUUAGAGAAAUGGAGCUUGGACCUCAUGCAGAAACUGCUUCCACGCCAUGUUGAGAUUAUCGAAAUGAUUGAUCACGAGCUAAUUCGGACCAUAAUCACAGAGUAUGGCACAUCAGAUUCUAAGUUACUGGAGAAAAAGUUGAAGGAAAUGAGAAUACUAGAUAAUGUUGAAUUGCCUGUGGAAUUUGCGGAUGUACUGGUUAAGCCGGAUGAGACCAUUGAACCUCAUGACGAGCUUGAAAAUCCUGAACAAGAAGUGGAAAAGGAUAAUAAUGAAGAGGCAAAAGAGGGAGGGGAAGAAAUAAUUGCUAAAGAGGAUGAAAAAGAGCAGUUGCUGGAGCCAGUACCGGAACUACCCAAAUUGGUUCGAAUGGCCAAUCUCUGUGUUGUGGGUGGUCAUGCUGUGAAUGGAGUUGCAGAGAUACACAGUGAAAUUGUGAAGGAUGAAGUAUUCAAUUCAUUUUAUCAGUUGUGGCCUGAGAAAUUCCAAAACAAAACAAAUGGUGUGACACCUAGGAGGUGGAUCAGGUUCUGCAAUCCUGCCUUAAGUAAAAUAAUAACCAAGUGGAUAGGCACAGAGGAUUGGGUCCUGAAUACUGAAAAACUGGCUGAACUACGGAAGUUUGCAGACAAUGAGGAUCUACAAAAGCAGUGGAGGGAGGCAAAGAGGGCUAACAAGAUGAAAGUUGCAGCAUUAAUCAGAGAACGAACAGGGUAUUCUGUCAGUGCUGAUGCAAUGUUUGACAUACAGGUAAAGAGAAUCCAUGAAUAUAAGCGACAACUAUUGAAUAUUUUGGGAAUUGUUUACCGCUACAAGAAGAUGAAAGAAAUGACUCCCAAAGAAAGGAAAGCAAAUUUUGUUCCAAGGGUUUGUAUAUUUGGGGGAAAAGCAUUUGCUACAUAUGUGCAAGCCAAGAGAAUUGUGAAAUUUAUCACAGAUGUUGGGGCUACAGUGAAUCAUGAUCCUGAAAUAGGAGACCUGCUUAAGGUUAUUUUUGUCCCUGAUUACAAUGUCAGUGUUGCUGAGAUGCUGAUUCCAGCAAGUGAAUUGUCACAACAUAUCAGUACUGCUGGUAUGGAGGCAAGUGGAACUAGCAACAUGAAAUUUGCAAUGAAUGGCUGCAUACUCAUUGGAACAUUAGAUGGGGCCAAUGUUGAAAUAAGGGAAGAGGUUGGAGAAGACAACUUCUUCCUCUUUGGCGCUAAGGCUCAUGAAAUUGCUGGUCUUAGGAAAGAAAGAGCUGAGGGAAAGUUCGUUCCUGAUCCACGAUUUGAAGAAGUUAAAAAGUUCGUCAGAAGUGGUGUUUUUGGGCCUUACAACUAUGAUGAAUUGAUGGGAUCCUUAGAAGGAAAUGAAGGUUUUGGCCGUGCAGAUUAUUUUCUUGUUGGCAAGGACUUCCCUAGCUACAUAGAAUGCCAAGAGAAGGUUGAUAAAGCAUACCAGGAUCAAAAAACUUGGACAAGAAUGUCGAUAUUGAACACAGCAGGUUCGCACAAGUUUAGCAGUGACCGCACCAUUCAUGAAUAUGCCCGAGACAUUUGGAACAUUGAGCCAGUCGAAUUGCCAUAGACAGGUCUCGUUUAAUCAAUAACAUGGGUUGGUGCCACGCAGUCUUGAUGAUCAUUACUUUCUCUAAGCAACUAGUACCGAAAGAAUAAACAUAAUAGUUUUGUAUAGAGGAGUCCUUAGAUCAAUUUCGAUAUGACUGGCUGUAUCUCCAGUUUGUCCAAAAAUAAGUCUGCAGUUAUAUAAUGUUAUGUCUAUCUGUGUGUACUGUGUUGGGUGUAGCCCCAAAAAACUUUCAAGAGAGUAUAUCAGACCGUUGUUUAAUAUGGAAA